AAGUGGGCUAGAGAACCUGACCAGAUUGGUUGUAAUUGGAAGAACAUGCAUGGAUUCAUUCAUUCCGAGAAACCUUUGGCUUUCUUUGACCUUUCUGCAAUCUUCCAGGCUUCCACAGAUCCACUGUGAUUUUCUUCAUCUAUUUUCUCCUUUGCUUUCACGCCAAGAACCCCUUUGAGGAACACAAAGGCCAAUGCCUUUGUUACUACACGCCACCUUCAGUUUCAAAAUUCCUUCAACGAAAAACUACGGCGGAGCUCACAGGAAAAGUUCUUCUGCAGCAGCAGCGGCGGCAUCAAUGGCGAUGGCUUUCAAAAUGGCGACGACUGGUAUGUGGGUGACGGAUGAGUGCAAAAACUCGUUCAUGGAGAUGAAAUGGAAGAAGGUGCACCGGUACAUCGUGUUCAAGAUCGACGAGAAGUCAAGGCUGGUGACCGUCGAUAAGGUCGGAGGCGCCGGUGAGAGCUACGACGAUCUCGCCGCAUCGCUUCCCACCGAUGAUUGCAGAUACGCGGUGUUCGAUUUCGAUUUCGUCACCGUCGAUAAUUGCCGGAAAAGCAAGAUCUUCUUCAUCGCAUGGUCCCCAACAGCAUCUAGAAUUAGAGCAAAAAUUCUGUAUGCAACGUCCAAAGAUGGGCUGAGGAGAGUGCUAGAUGGCAUUCAUUACGAAGUACAGGCCACUGACCCGACCGAGAUGGGGAUUGAUGUGAUUAAGGACAGGGCAAAGUAGAUUUAAUUUGCUUUUGUGGGGGGUGGAAUCUUACUUUUUGUUUAAUAACUCCAACCAGAUCAACAUGUGCUCUGUUGUUGUUAUCUUUAUUUUGCUCUCUCUAUAUAGCCUUUUAGAAGCUCUAAUGUAAGUUAGCCGUCUAAUUUAUGGUCAUGUCUAUGGUCCAUAUAUGUAUGCUAAUUUGUACCUAUCCAUUCCAUUCUCUUCAGAGAAUGGAAAAGCGAUGGAAAUAUGAAUGUAACUUCUUUUGUUCUUGAGCCACAUAUAUGUGUUUUCGCCUUCACCAUUCGCAUUG